AUGGAGUCCAGCUUCAAGUCACGUUCAUCAGCGAAGCCCUUACAGCAGUUUCUUACAUGUCGGUCCCCAUUUAUGAAUUCUGAUAUGGACUAUGAGAGGCCAAACGUGGAAACUAUUAAGUGUGUGGUAGUUGGCGACAAUGCAGUUGGAAAAACACGCCUCAUUUGUGCUCGAGCAUGCAAUGCAACUCUAACACAGUACCAGCUAUUAGCUACUCAUGUUCCCACCGUCUGGGCCAUCGACCAGUACAGAGUAUGCCAAGAGGUAUUGGAGCGCUCCAGAGAUGUUGUGGAUGAUGUCAGUGUGUCCCUCCGUCUUUGGGACACUUUCGGAGACCAUCAUAAAGAUCGACGUUUUGCAUAUGGCAGGUCUGAUGUGGUGGUACUUUGCUUCUCAAUUGCCAACCCUAACUCUUUGUACCACGUUAAGACCAUGUGGUACCCAGAGAUCAAGCACUUCUGCCCUCGUGCUCCUGUCAUUUUGGUUGGCUGUCAGCUGGACCUACGCUAUGCCGAUUUGGAGGCAGUGAACAGAGCACGGAGGCCUUUGGCAAGGCCAAUAAAAUCGAAUGAGAUCCUUCCUCCAGAGAGAGGCCGUGAAGUGGCCAAAGAGUUAGGGGUGCCAUAUUAUGAAACUAGUGUUGUUGCUCAGUUUGGAGUCAAAGACGUUUUUGAUAAUGCUAUUCGGGCUGCUCUUAUCUCUCGACGACACCUCCAGUUUUGGAAAUCCCACCUUAGAAAUGUUCAGCGUCCUCUUCUUCAGGCUCCUUUCCUCCCACCAAAACCACCACCUCCAAUAAUCACCGUGCCUCCCCCACCAGCCACAACAGAGGAGCACCCUGUGGGGCUAUUGGAGGACCCUCACUGUGCCGAUGUUAUCCUGGUGCUGCAGGAGCGGCAAAAAAUAUUUGCACAUAAAAUAUAUUUGGCAACAUCAUCUUCAAAGUUCUAUGACCUCUUCAUCAUGGAAACACAGAAUGAGUACGCUGACAAACCGCCACGUGCACAUCUUCAGGGCCGAGAACUGCUGAUGCGCGCUGCUAGUUUUGACGUAUGUGAAAGUAGUGAUGAAGGAGACCGGGCAAACCUGAGGGCAUGCACCAGUGAUGGCACCUUGAGGGACUCUGAGGGCUGCAGGCACGGAAGACUGCUGUCGUCCUGGAGCCGAGCCUUUGUUGGCAUUCAAGAGGAACUGGUGGAUGACCCAAUAACGUACAGUCCUCGCCCCAUGACUGUGGUGCAUAUGGACCAGUCCAUGCAGCUGAGCCCCUUCCGGGCAGUGCUUCGAUAUCUAUACACAGGUCAGCUUGAUGAGAAUGAAAAAGAAUUAAUGCACAUUGCACACAUUGCUGAGCAGCUGGAGGUCUUUGACCUGCGCAUGAUGGUGGCCAACAUUUUGAACAAUGAAGCCUUCAUGAACCAAGAAAUCACCAAAGCUUUUCAUGUACGACGCACAAACCGGGUAAAAGAGUGCUUGGCCAAAGGCACAUUUUCAGAUGUUGUCUUCAAAUUAGAUGACGGUACAAUUAUGGCUCACAAGCCUUUGCUUAUUGCAAGUUGUGACUGGAUGGCGGCAAUGUUUGGUGGCCCCUUUGUGGAGAGCAGCACCAAAGAGGUUCUGUUUCCAAACACAACACGUAGCUGCAUGCGGGCUGUGCUUGAAUAUCUCUACACUGGCCGCUUUUGUUCCAGACCAGACCUGGAUGCCAUGGAGCUCAUUGUUCUCGCCAAUCGUCUUUGCCUCCCUCACUUAGUUGCUCUUACAGAGCUCUACACAGUGACAGUAUUGACAGAAGCUGCAGUGAUGGGGGCUGACAUUGAUGGGGAUGUGUUGGUGUAUUUAGACAUGGCUCAGUUUCACUGUGCACAGCAGCUUACCGGCUGGUGUCUGCACCACAUAUGCACCAACUAUAACAGUGUAUGCAGAAAGUUUCCUCGAGACAUGAAGGCCAAAUCUGGAGACAACCAAGAAUAUUUUGAGAAGCAUCGCUGGCCGCCUGUAUGGUAUCUGAAAGAGGAUGACCACUACCAAAGAGCUCGAAAAGAGCGUGACAAGGAGGACUACCUGUACCAGAGACGACAGUGUAAACGCAAGUGGCUUUUCUGGAACCACCCGUCCUCUCCCAACUCACACUCCCCUUCAUCUAGUUCUUCUGCUAUAAUCUAG